UAGCCUGUUGCCACCGUGACCCGACCCCGGAUAAGUGGAGGAAAAUGGAUGGAUGGAUGGUUUCACAAUUUAUAAUCUAUAAAAUAUGCUCAUUGUUCUUCUGAUGUCUCUCUGCAGUCUCCAUGCUCCACUUACAUUAACUACCCACUGCCCAGUUUAAUACAUAUGAGGUAAAUACAAAUAAUAAUAUCAGAACAUGUCCAUAUCCAUAACCUUUGUUUACACAACAGGCCAGAGAUAAUGCACAAACACAUGACAUGUUCCCCAUCACAAGUAUUCUUCUCACUGCUCAGACUGAAGACAACAGCUGACUGUGUGUGCAUCUCUGGAUGGUGAACAUCAUCAUCUCUAUUGUCUACAGUCAAAGAGUUACAUUGUAAUUGUGAUUCCAUUGUCCUUUUAAUUUAAUUUACAUUUCAUUCCAUCAUACAUUCUAUAGUCAGCUUUCAAUGUAUACACUGUCCGCCAUCAUUAUGUUGUUGUUCUUUGUUUCUUUCAUUGACACACUACAGAGCUCCAGAACACUCCAUGUUAAUCAUCUCAAGGUAUUAAUAUGCUGUCAUAUUGUGCUGAUUGCCAGCAGGCCAGCUGACCUUAUUGGCCUCUGUAAGUAUGUCAGUGGUAGAGUUGAGUAUGUCGGUGGUAGAGUUGAGUAUGUCGGUGGUAGAGUUGAUUAUGUCGGUGGUUGAGUUGAUUAUGUCGGCGGCAGAGUUGAGUAUGUCAGUGGUAGAGUUGACAUACUAAUGAGGAGAACAGGAGAACACGAUAGAUCAACGUUUAGUCCAUUCCUGUGACUUGUGCUUCUGUGUAACUAGCUCCUCUGAUCCUACACGAGACCUCAUGCUCUUAUUCUGUAUACUUCUUUUUUCUGAUGUUUGACCUUUUUCUACUAGUUUUGAUAUAUAUGUUAUUAUAAAUGUAUCAUUUAUGUUUAUGUACCUUAUGGAAAUAUCUACUAUAUUGUACUCUUGACAUCUUCUGUAUCUUGUAAUAUAUUGAUCUAUAUUGUAAUAUUAUAUGCGUCUGCCUAUUACUGUUGACUUCUGUAGUGGAGUUUGAUUCUUUGCUAAUAACAGCUGCUGGAAAUCAAGCCGUGAAUCUGAUGAAGCAACAUGCAGAACUAGUUCUCUCCGUCUUGUUCUGAAUGAGAUGUCUGUACUCGUAUCCUGUGUGUGCUGCACUUUGAUUUAUUGUGUCUGACUGUGGUUCACUGUGCACUCAGGAGAGAAGAGAAGGACUGAUCUCACUCACUGGGAUGAACUCUCUGAGAGGAAACAUCUGAAUGAAUAUCAGAGACAGACUGUAAACAGUGUUAUCUACAGAGACAUGGUCCUUUCUGAUCCUCCUCAGGUCUUCUGGAGAGUCAUGACAUCUCAGGAGGAGGCGUCUUCCUUCAGGAGCUUUUGUCAAUAUGUGGAGGAGAGCGGCCUUCGAACGUACGACGGUCUGGUGAUCCAAAACGCCUCGGACAUUGCCAGAGAGAGCGACCGCAUCCGCAACCAGAACAACUGGACCUACCUGCAGGAAAAACACCAGAAGAAGAGACGACAGGAAGAGGCCAUCAAGAGGAUUGGUGAAGAUGUAGCCAUGGCAACAGACGGGGCAUACUCUGGAAAACAUUUCAGGAUGGGUUUCAUGACGAUGCCGGCACCACAGGACCGUCUGCCGCCACCAAGUCAGGGCUUCACUGUCCGAUCCCAGUCCCUCCACUCGGUGGGUGGAGAAGACGACUCCAAUCCAAACCGUAAAAGACCUCCGCCCAAACCCAAGAGAGACCCCAACACCAAACUGAGCAGCAGUUCUGAGAUGGUGAAUGGAGGCUCCGGAGUCACCAAGAAAGAUACUCAAGAGACCAAAGAGACUUCGGAGCAGGCUGAAGCUCGAUGUCAUCUCUAUAGUGAAGACUACAGGAAGCUGCCUCCACCCAAACCUAAAAGGAACCCAAACACUCAGCUCAGCACCUCCUUUGAUGAAUCUUACAUCCAUAACCAAGGCAACAAGAAGUCUUCCUUGCGAUGGGAUAAAUCUUUAUCCCAGAGUCAGAGUCAGGCAUCGAGGGACACGGACGACGAGGAGCCCGUCUACAUUGAGAUGGUGGGAAACAUCAUGCGAGAGCUAAAAGGUCAAGAAGAUGUGGAGGACGAGCAGAGUGAGUCGGUGUACGAGGAGAUGAAGUAUCCAAUGUUGGAGGACUUCCUGCAGGAUGCUCACUCCACCAUCAUAGAUCCUGAAGCCUGGACGUCCCGUGGCUCUCUCUGCGACAUCCCUCCACCUUUCCCCAACCUCCUGACUCACCGCCCACCGCUGCUCGUCUUCCCCCCCCUCCCUGCUAAGUGCUCCCCGAAUUCUGACGAGUCACCCCUCACCCCUUUAGAGGUCACACGGCUGCCCAUGAUGGAUAAUGCCUCCUACAGCAAGUCGGGUGGUGUCGAAUAUCCUCAGAGCUCCACCCAUCAUCACAAAGAGCGGGACCGAGACCAAGACCGAGACCGGGACCGGGACCUGGCCUCCACAAACACCAUCACCUCCUCCGGCCGCUCAUCAGCUCCACUUCUCCACUCCAACCUCUACAAGUCAUCUGGCUCCGCCCACAGUGGGCAUGGUUACCCCCGAAGCCAAUCAGCAUGUCCUUCUCCGGUCAGCAUGGGUCGCUCUUUGACUCCCCUGUCCCUGAAAAGACCUCCACCGUAUGACGCUUUGAUGGCAGGAGGAAGUAUGCCUCGCUCUUCCUCUUCCUCUUCCUCAUCCUCACACAGGGCCGGGGAGGCCGGGGCUAAACUGAGUAACUCCUCCUCCACCCAUGGCUCCAUGCAGAACGUGUCGAUGAGGUCACAGACGCCCACAAGCCCAUUGGAUGAACUCAACAACCUGUUUACCUCAGGUAGACAGGUGAUGAAGAAAGUGACAGGAGGCAGGAAAAGCAGAGGGAGUGAAGGUGACUCCAGGUCUCUGCAAAGACAUGACAGUAAAGACAGAGACGGACAGUCCAGUCCAGUUUCAAGCAGGAUGGGGAGGUCAUCUGUCAGCCCCACCAUGAUGCUGUCUGGAGGAGGAGAAUCAAAGUUGGUGUGUAAACUUGGCCGUUCAGCAUCAGCUUCAGGAGUUCCUUCAGCAGGUGUAAUGCUACAUCGUCACGUGUAUGAGCUGCAUCAUCCCGCCCUUAGCCAGAUGCCGUGGCUCUGUGGAGACACCACCAUGAUGGAGAUGAUUGAUUGAUUGAUUGAUUCAAGAAAGCACUGGCCCCUAAUUGUUAAUGGCAGGAGGGCAUAAACAAUUCAAUAGAUAUUUAUAUAAUGGAGCCAAUAAAUCCAUAAUAAAAUGAAUAAACAAAACAAACAAAAACCCCAAAUUCCCGUAAGGGUAAGAGGUCACUAAUAACUUUGGUAUAUUUUAGCUUCUUGUAGAAGCCAAAGUUUGGUCACUGGCCUGUCCAGCGUGCUAGUUUUGGUUUUUACUCGUGCAGAUCUCACCAGUCCUUUCCUGUCAGGAUAGGUCUCGAGAACUCUUCCUUUAUGGUGCUUACUGAAGCCACAGUUGGACAAGAUCUGUCUUCUUGCUGCAUUAGCAUUUGUAAUCCAGUACUUCAUCCAUAAUACAUGGUUUCUUCCAUCAUGGCCCACCUUGGUUUGUGAAUCUGCUUUAAUAUUGUAGUGGAUACAUGUUGGGUUUUGGAUAGGAUGACCGUAUGUUUUGUCUCCUCAGGCAUGGCUGCCUUAUUCAAUCUCCCUCCAACUCUAACUCUAAGCAAUACAGCUUCCAGAACCGGGUCCAGCUUGUAAACGGUGCUAUCCUUUUUUACUUCACGUUUGCCAGAUGUUGACAACGCCAAUUCCUCGUGGAACCUUUCUUGCUGAGUGAAGCGAAGGAUAGAUGUUUCUGCUCCUGAAAGAUCGUCUGGAGUCAAACUUUGUCCCCUUAACACAGCUUUCAUUUAGUGCAUUUCCUGUUCGUUUGUUGCCAAUCAUGUCUGUAUCCUCAUGACUCAUUUGUUUCCUUUUUUGACUCAUUGCCAGUAGAGUCUUUGUUAUUUUCAGAAUCCAUGCAACUGACCUCUUCAACCUUUUCCAGUCAGAAAAGUAUGUUAUCAGUUGAUGUUCAGGGACACGUUCAGCAUACCUCUUACUGAUGUCAUCAUUGAGAAAGUUGGUGUAUUCCUGAUGGAACUUCUCAUUUCUUUCAAACUUUCUCUUCAAUCCAAGAAUGCGCUGCUUGGCAACAUUGUUUGGCAGCGUGACCUCUUCUCUUUUGAAGGGAAGGUCCAAGCUAUAGUGCCCAUCAUGAAGCUUGACUGGAUGUUUCAUGAUUGUUAUGAAUUUCACAUCAUUUCUUGACAUCUCCAUUUUGUCUUCUGCUGUUCUUUCAUUAAAAUCAUGGUUGUACCGAUUAUUGAGCAAUUCCUACAGGUAUUGUAUGGAAAUCCUGUUAACAGUAGCAGUGGGGUAGCCACUCUCACACCGCUCAUCACUGCAUCCUUGAACGGGACCAUUAAUAACCCACCCCAAUAGGGUCCUAAUGGCAUAAGGUCCGUUUCCAUGGCUGUUGAUUACUUCCCAAGGCUCAAGCAUUUUGGAGGCGUUGGUACCUAUCAACAACACGUCAGCUUGAAUGCUAGGAGCACCAACACCAUCCAAGUAUGGCCACUUUGCCAACUCCUCUUUUUUGAUGAGGUUAUCAGUGCUUACAGGCAUCCUCUUCUGGGUAUAGACCUCUGGUAAAUCAUAGAAUCUUUUCCCGGUGAGACUUGAAAUCUCCAAAUCAGUCAACAUGUAGCUGGAAACUGUUGCUCCUGAGCCCAUGGUUCUUAAGUGGAUUUGGGUUUUCCGUCCAUUCAGAUUAAGCCUCAUCAGAUUUUCAGAACAAAAUGUUGCUGUACUGCCUGGAUCUAGGAAAGCAUACGUCUGUAUGACUUUGUCUCCGUUAUUGGACUUCACCUGUAUUGGUAGGAUGGAUAGAAUCCCAUCACUGUUACCGGCCCCUGUAUGACUACAUGUGUGUAUAGAGACAUGUGCGCUACUCAAUGAUGGUUCUUUUGGCCUUUUUGAGUCUGUGUUGACUACUUUCUCUCUUUGGCAGAUGUGAAGAACACUGGGUUGGUUUAGGCUGCACACCUUGCAAGUCAAGCGCUUAUCGCAAUCCUUGCUCCUAUGCCCAAUGCAAAGGCAGCCGAAACAGAUUCCAUUUUCCUUAAGAAAGUUAAUGUUGUCCCAAUGUGUCUUCUCUUCCAAUCGCGGACACAUCUACAGUGUGUGACCUUGAGAGCAACACAAACAAAAUUGUGAUUUAGGUUUUCCAGUAGCUCACAUGCAGAGACUCUAUUUUUCUCUUAGCUUGUAUGGAAGCUUCAGAAUCACUGCUCUCAUAUUCGUUGGCAUAUCCAGUUCUUUCAUGUACUGUAGGUCCUCCAUUGCAUUACAACACUCACGCAAAAAGAGGGCAUAGGCUUGGAGAGAUUUGACAUCCUCAGGCUUCACUGAAGGCCAGCAGAAUGCUUUCUCCAUAUAUGCUGCAGUAACUUUGUGUUCAUUCCCAAAGUGUUCCUGUAGCAGAUCCUUAGCUGUAGCAUAGCCUCUGUCUGGAGCCAUAUGCUGACAACUACGCACCAGCUCUUUUGGUUGAGCUCUUGUGUACUUAUCCAAAAAAUACAGACAGACAGUCUCCUCUGUUGCUUGCUUUACUCUCCACACAAUGUUCAAAGGCUCUGAUAAACAUUCUGUACUGCAGAGGAUCCCCAUCAAAAAAUGGAAUUUCUCUUGGUGGUAAUAAAUGAGAGGCCUGUUGUUGGAUAAGCAAUGUUGUUAUUUCAUUUUGCCUUUGCAGUAGGUUGCAGCGAGCUGAUGUUUCAUAAUUUCCUUUAUGAGCAAGUUGAGACUGAAUGACACCUGGAUUUGUUAGCUGCACGUGAGGAUGAUCCAUGCGAGGUUUGCGUGAUGUAUUUUCUGGUUUCAGUUGACAGACCGUGCUGUUAUGUGUUGCAUUCCUAUAUGCAUACUGUUGUUGUAUAGGUGGUUGUUGUUGCAAGUCCACAGAUGUUGGUCGAUAUGCUUUGGCAUGUCGGCUGAGAGUGGUAGAGACUUCCGUUAACCUUGCUCCUUUUUCAAAGUAUGAUUCCAUUCCAUUUGAUUGUGUGUUUGAGAAAGCUUGGUGACCAGAGGCCUUAAAUACCGCUAAUUUAGCAGCAACCGCUGCCAUUUCUGUGUCAACCUCCAGUCUUUCCUUUUUCUUUCUCAGCAACUCCGAUUGCUCCUCCAGCUUGUGCUUCUCCUUUAAGGCUGCAGCGCGAGCUUCAAGUGCUGCUCUCUCUGCCUCUAUCUGAGUCCGUGCAGAUGAAGAAGAUUUGCUGGUUCUUGAACUGGUGUGACUUUUUCUGCUCAAUUUCUCAAUAGAAACAUUUGUUUCCACAUUGGAAAUGCUGUCACUGGGUUUGACUUCACUCUCAAAAGCAUCAUCAUUUUCAUCAGGUUUAGAGAUGUCUGCAUUAGACAACCACUUACUCACAGCAUCAGUAAAAUCAUUAACACUCAACAUUUUUGCUUUGAACCAUAUCUCAUGUUUGUCUUUUUCUUCAUGAGAUAAUAUUUGUGACAGAGAUUGAUGUUGUUCCUUUGCUUCAUUGCAAAGAGUUGUGUAUUUAUCAAAAGUGCAUUGCACCUCUGUUUUAUAUUCUCUGUCAUGCAUUAGGUCUUGAAUUGUCCUUUUAAGGUCAGAAGCUUUGUUUAGUUUGGCCUUCCGAACCUUUUGUAGCUUGUCCCGUUUACCCAUUAAUACCUUUUGUGUCAGUUUAGUAGGACGUUUACUGACAGAUUGUGUUUCCUUUUCACCAUUGGCCGUGCUGGGAUUGACCUGUGUUCCAGCCACGGUUGGCUCAUUAACAAUAGAACCUUGAUUUUGUACCUUUACACUAAUAUCAGAAUCCAUUAUUUAUUAAAUACAAUUCAAAAUUAAACCACCCAUACUCCUCUUAUAUUUAGGCCUAUAAGUUGGAACCAAUGCAUUGGAUUUACCCUCGUAAAUAAAAGUGUUUACACACAACUUUUAACACGGCCAUGUUGGUAGCGCUACAUACCUCUGACCAUUCAGUGUCCAUUGGUCCAAAAUUGUAGCUUGGUGGUAGUGAUGAUCAGUUGUCCAAUUAGAUUUCAAAGCAACCACAACAUUCAAGUGAUGUCUAAUUGAUCAGCUAUUGAAUCAAGUGAUGUCUAUCAGCUGUUGAAUCCAGCGUUGUCGAUCAGCUGUUCACUCUAGCGAUGUCGACUGGUCAAUCCAACGAACGACGAUCCAUACGAGUUCAAAUGAAGCCAGUUUUUGACUUAAUGUAGUGACUUUAACAAAUAUCCAUUUUUAUAUAUUAAAGCCACUGGGGGACGAACGGGAGAACUUGUUCGGACGCGUGUUCCACAAACAUUUUACUGUCCAAUGCGCUUUCUUUAGAUCCGUUGAUCCAUUUAUUCAAAUGCAUAUUGACACCGUAACAGAAUACAGGAUACUUUACAGGAUAAUAUAAGACCUUGAAACUACAAGCUCACAUGCCGGCUGACACGUUACAUUGACACAAUACCUUGACACCUUGACACGACACCUUGACACGGUCAAAAACUGUUAGCUUCCUGUCCACACACACCUGUUUCUCAUUACCAGGCACUUACAUAUAUGCACUUUUAGGUUAAUAUGCCACCCACUGUUCAAUGUCAGAACUGCAUGUGUACACACCCCAUGUUUCCCUCAAAGACAUAAGAAAACAACAAAACCACAUUAUGGCUCCAACAGCUUGAUUAAUUGAUUCCAGAUGCCAUGGAUCUGUGGAGAUGCCAACAUGAUAGAGAUGAUUGAUGUAUUGAUGGAUUGAUGUAUUGAUUGAUUGAUAUAUUGAUUGAUUGAUUGAUUCCAGAUGCCGUGGCUCUGUGGAGACGCCACCAUGAUGGAGAUGAUUGAGAAGAAAAGAGUUUUGUGUCGAGAGAUUAAAGCUUGUCAGCGUCCGGAG